CAGCAAAUGUGCUUAGUCAUGACCACUGGAAAAACUGAAUGUCAAAUGAGAAGACCCUGGGUGCUUGAGUCUGCAUUUUAGUACAAGUACAUCAAUUACGUUAAUUUCCCAGCAGGCAAUUUCAAUUAUAUCCAACAAGAAUGAACAGGAAAGCUGUGAACGGUUGUUACGCCUGCAACAUCAGAUACCGCUGGAGGCGGUAAUUCCUCCGCUGCCCACUCACUUGAAUGGUCCAAGUGUUUGUUUCUGUUUGCUUAAGUUUCAUAAGUGCUCUAUCAUUCCUACGGCGCGUCUCUGCUUGCAUGGAGACGCCCGCUCGGACUUCUACGUUUUCCUCUAAAAUUAAACCCAGCUGAACCUUCGGCUCUGUCCUGACCGCACCGAUUAUUGGAACAUGGCACGCACUUUGCGGUUGUGUACGACUUGUUUGCUGUUUUUUCUCUGCUCCGGUGCGAUAGCGAAACGCGGCAAGGAGAGAGUUUACUACGUGGGGAUCGACGAGGACUGGUGGGAUUACGCACCGAGCGGAAAGAACCUGCUCAACGGCGAAGCUGUCGACGACGAUGACCACGCACAUACAUUUCUGGUCAGAGAUGGCCUUCAUAUCGGCAGAGUUUAUAAGAAGGCCAUGUUCCGACAGUACACCGAUGCCACCUACACCCGCCAGUCUCCUCGACCCGAGUGGUUGGGUUUCCUGGGACCCAUACUGCGAGCUGAGGUUGAUGAUACUAUCACGGUCCACCUGAAGAACUUUGCAAAGAGGAACUACUCUAUGCAUCCCCAUGGGGUCUUCUAUGAGAAGAACUCUGAGGGCGCGCUCUAUCCAGAUGGGACAUCCGGCCUUUUGAAGAGGGAUGACUCUGUCCCUCCGGGAGGCAGCUACACCUACCGCUGGGAGGUGAAACCGGAAUUCGCCCCCACAAAUGACGAUGCCAACUGCUUGACCUGGGUCUACCACUCCCACGUAGAUGCCCCCAAGGACAUGGCCUCGGGACUUGUCGGGGCCCUGCUCACAUGCAAAAAGGGAAUCUUGAAGGAGCCAGAGAAUGACGCUGACUCUGUCCGCAACGACGUGGAUAAGGACGUCUUCUUAAUGUUCAAAGUGGUGGAUGAAAACAUGAGCUGGUACCUGGAGGAAAACAUUGAGAAAUUCUGUACGUCUGCAGUCGACAAAGACGACCCCCAAUUUGUGGAGUCAAACCUGAUGCAUGCCAUUAAUGGGUACGUGUUUGGUAACCUGCCCGGAAUCACGUUAUGCCAGAACCGUAGGGUGGCCUGGCAUUUGUUCGCCAUGGGCAGCGAGGUGGACAUUCAUUCAGCCUUCUUCCAUGGGAAUACCCUGCUGGACCGCGGCCAUCGCACCGACACCCUCAGCCUGUUCCCAGCCACCUUCGCCACGGCUGAGAUGGUCCCGAAAGCGAACGGAAAGUGGCUGCUGAGCUGCCAAGUUAACGACCACUUGGAGGCUGGAAUGCAGGCCUUUUAUGAAGUGAAGUCAUGCGGCGGAGGGUCCGGCUCCACAGUAACAGACGGUGUUGUGAGGGAUUACUACCUGGCAGCGGAGAAAAUCGUGUGGAACUACGCUCCCAGUGGAAAAGACCUGAUAAACGAUGUGUCCCUUACUGAACCAGGGAGUGCAGCGGAGGUGUUCUUUGGCAAAGACCGUUUGAGGAUCGGAGGUGAGUACCUGAAAGUGAUAUACAGAGAGUACAUGGACGAUACCUUCACCACCGAAAAACCGCCAUCACCCGAAACUAAGCACUUAGGGAUUUUGGGUCCCGUCCUGAGGGCAGAGGAGGGAGACACAUUGAGAGUGACGUUCAUGAAUAAGGCUGAUAGAAACUACAGCAUCCAGCCUCAUGGCCUUCACUAUGACAAGCGCUUCCAGGGAAGCAUCUAUGAGGAUGGUGUUAACAAGCCAGGCUCCCACGUUGGUCCAGGUGAGAAAUUCACCUACACGUGGCAGGUCCUGGAAGGCCCAUCUUCAUCAGAUCCAACCUGUAUCCCCUACCUAUACUACUCUGCCACUGAUCCCGCCAAAGACACCAACUCUGGGUUAGUUGGACCUCUGCUCGUGUGCAAGAGAGGAGCGCUGGGGGAGAAGGGAACCCAGAAGGACGUGGAUAAGGAGUUCUUCCUUCUUUUUUCUGUCAUGGAUGAAAACAUGAGCUGGUAUUUGGACGACAGUGCCGUGAGAGUUGGCCAUACUAUUGCAGACUACGAUGAGGACGAUGAGGAGCAGUUUGCGGAGAGCAACAAGAUGCAUGCUGUGAACGGAUACAUGUAUGGGAACCUCCCCAUGUUGGAGAUGUGUGUCCGAGACAAAGUGAUGUGGUACACAUUCGGGCUGGGCACAGAGACGGACAUCCAUGGCGUUUAUUUUGAGGGGAACACCUUCAAGAAACAAAGCACAACGCGCGACACUAUCAGCCUGUUCCCUCACACCACUGCGUCCGCCGACAUGCAGCCAGAAACUGCCGGUGUGUAUGAAGUGAGCUGCAGAGUAACUGAUCACUACUCGGCUGGCAUGAGGCAGCGUUACAAAGUGAACCCCUGCCCGGGAAGAAAAGUGACGGACAUAAAGCCCACUAAGAUUGUGCAGUAUUUUAUCAGUGCCGAAGAAAUAGAGUGGGACUAUUCACCCGAGAGAGCCUGGGAGCGGGAGAAACACGGCUCCACACUACAGGACAGUCCGGGCGAUGAAUUUUUGGAAAAAAGGAAGAACCGAAUCGGCUCACGCUAUAAGAAGGUGGUGUACAGAGAGUACACCGAUGACACGUUCAGCGUUCAGAAGAAACGGCAGGAAAACCAACAACACUUGGAAAUUUUGGGUCCGAUAAUCAAGGCAGAGGUAGGAGAGCAGAUUGUGAUCACAUUCAAGAACAAAGCCAGCAGAAACUACUCGAUUACCGCACAUGGGGUGAAGGCCAGUGGGUCGCACAUUCCUCUUAAACCCGGCUUCAUUAUGGAGUUGACAUGGGACAUUCCUGAAAGCUCUGGUCCAGGGACCUCGGAUCCUAACUGCAUCUCUUAUGCUUACUACUCUGGUGUAAAUUUCAUUAAGGAUAUGUACAGUGGUCUUCUGGGGCCUUUGGUGAUAUGUAGGCGGGGGACUUUGAGCGCUGGUGAUGGCCCUGACAGACAGAGGACAGAUGUGGACAAGGAGUUCGCUCUUCUCUUUAUGGUACAUGACGAAAACCUGUCCUGGUACUUACAUGAUAACAUCAGACAGUACCUCGGCGUCGACCCUCACACCUUCACACCAGAUGAACAUUUCGAGGAGAGUAACUUGAUGCACGGGAUCAAUGGUAAGCUGUACGGUAACCUCCACGGACUGGUGAUGAUGCAGGGCCAGAAGGUCGACUGGUAUCUCCUGGGCAUGGGCAACGAAGUGGACAUGCACACUGUUCACUUCCACGCUGAGACUUUCAUCUACAAGACUGACCGUGUGCACCGCGCAGACGUGUUUGACCUGUUCCCCGGGACUUUCCAGACUGUGGCGAUGGUGGCCAAGAACCCAGGGACGUGGUUGCUCCACUGUCACGUGAAUGAUCACAUCCACGGUGGCAUGGAGACAACGUUCACCAUCAAAGAAAAUAGACAAAGCCCUACAAAAGCUGGGUUUCCUGCUGCAGCACCAGGAAGUGAAAGCUGUUCAAAGACACUUCUGCUCUUUCUAACACUUAGUCUACUGACAGUAGGUCAGCUGCUCUGACAGUGGUGUGUGUGACCACGGUAGUGAUCCUUAAUGCACUUAAAACAAGAUUGGGAAUGAAAUCACUCUUGUGUAUGUGAAUAUGUAGCGAAACCUUAUCAGUCCCUGUGCAAUCAUGUCUCUAAUAGUUAUGAAUAUUUUAUUUCUUAGGAAAAUUAGCUAUUUUGUAUUUGUUGAUAGUUUUGUUCUGUCGUUGUUUCUCUGGUUUAAAUAUUGUUAGUUUAGCCAUUUUUUUAUUGUUAUUUUUUUUUCCAGUACACUCCUAUACCAAAUAUUUGAUUUAAGUUAUAAAUGUGCAAUAAAGUCAUUUGUUCCACAGCGUGGAUUUAUUUGCCAGCGCCACUAGGUGGCGUUAGAUCAAUUUGAAAACAAGCAAGUUGCAAGGAAAAUCAGUCAGUGCUCUCCUUUUGUGUGUUCAGCAAAAUGUCUGUCACUGUGAAGAUUGUUUUGUGUUGAUUUUAUGACAGUAAAUUAUUUGUGCUGCAGCAUUAAGCAUUUGAAUAUUUCA